GUGACUUCUGGAGGUAAACGUCACGUGUCACGUAAACGAAACAACAGCGUCAGCAGCGGCGUGCCGCCUGCAGCAGCGCCAACUGGGAACUGGCAACAGUCUUGUCUUGUGUGCGUGACAGGCGUCAAGAACUUCAGAGAGGCAUUUUCUAUUUUGACGAUUUGCAUUCAGCAGUUUUGUAUUUUCCCGAAAAAUGAAGAGGAAGAGUGGUCGCAAGUCUAAGGCACAAGACGAAAAUGGAUCGAACGGUGUAGAGGAGAAUGGGGCAGAUUCCGAGAUUGAGGAAACGCCGAAAAAGAAAAGGUCGGCCAGUCCUAGGAAAUCAAAGAAGGAUGAUGCAUCUUCGAUUAACGAGUCUGCUGAUUCUGAUAAUUCGGAUGAGGAAAAGUCAAAAAAGGAUGACCCUGAUGAAGAUCCCUUGGGUUCUGCUGAAAAUGAUGAAACUGCUUCAGAGGGCAAAAAAUCAAAGCGUGGCAAAAAAUCUACACAAAAAGAGCCCAAAAGCGGAGAUGAAGAUGACGAGAACCAAAAUGAGAACAAGAAAUCAAAGAAAAGCAGAAAAUCGGCACAGAAAGAUGAUGUUGUUCAAGAUGAAGAAGACGAGAGUCAGUAUGAGGUAGAGAAAGUUCUGGACGAGAAAAUGGUGAAAGGCGUCCGCCAUUAUCUUAUCAGAUGGAAAGGCUAUGAAGAGGAGAGUGACACUUGGGAACCUGAAAAUACCUUAAAUUGUACUGACUUGAUAAAGGAUUUCAAAGAGCAAAAGAAAAACAAAAAGACCGCCAAGCCAGCGAAGACUAAAAAGAAGGCAGGGUCCGAAAAUGCGGAGGCGGACUGGGACGAAAAUGAAGAUUUUGAAGUCGAACGCAUCUUGGACGUCUACUUCAAACGAGACGGCUCCAGAGAAUUUCUGGUCAGCUGGAAAGGAUACGGCACCGCGGACAAUAGCUGGGAGCCGGAAGAGCAUAUGUCGUGCCGCGAGUUGAUCGACAAGUUCAUGAAGAAAGUGGAGAGAGCGCGGGAAGUGGACGAGCGCGAAUUACGCGUAAAGAGGCAGCCGGUACAGCGGUUCACGCUGAGCACGCAGGAACGAGAACGGAGGCUGAGCAAGCGGCUCACGAAGAAAGAGAGGGUGCAGUACCACGAUGCUGAGUAAUAUGUAAAGCACACGUAUGUUCAUCUGCCAUAUCCUGUUAUGGCGAGUAUCACUCAAUCUAUGAAGUGUAGAUUAACCAUAAUAUUUGCCUUUUUUGUGUUGGACUCUUUAAAAAUUUGAUGUUUAGUUUUUAGUCAAGUACAAGUGUGUCACGAUCUAUACUAAAAAUCGAGUGUUUUCUUCACUCUUCUUCCUACGGAUGUUUGCUAAACAAUUUUGGUCGUAUUAGUGUAUGUAGGAAAUAAAACAGUCACUCCAUAUUUGCAACAGCUUAGCAUCACUCAUAAACAUGAAAAAAUAUUGGAGGCAUAUUAAUAAUGCAUGCUACUAAAGUACGUAUUUUCUGUAUAAAAAAUGGAUCGUGGCAUAUAGCCUGUAAUUUUAUUAUUUUUAUUAUACGUAUAUCAGUUAUUGAUGACUUUAUAAAGAUAUAUGUUUAUUUUAUAAUAAAAGAUAUGCGUGUAGUACUUCUA